CUACCUCUCUCUCUCUCUCUUGGUACACUUCAGAACUUUUUGAUACUCUCCUAAAGCAUUCUCUCAUUUCUGUGUCAGCUGUUCUUCAAGCACGAAGCGCCACUGUAGCUUUGCUUCUACAACUCUCGAUCUCCUCGAUCACUGUGCCAGAAGUUCAGUUUCUGCAAGAUUCUGUUUUGAAUCAUCUCAGAUGGGAUACAUAUCACAACUAUCAACACACUCAAACAUGAAAUUUGCCAAGUCAGAUGAGAAUGGAGAAUCACUUUUGUGUUCUUAUGCUUCCUGGCUAGAAAACCAUCCUUCUGCUUUGGACAAUUUUGAGGAACUGAUGAGCAUUGCCAAAGGGAAACAGAUUGUUGUGUUUUUGGAUUAUGACGGAACACUCUCGCCGAUUGUAGAUGACCCUGAUCAGGCUUACAUGAGUGAUGCUAUGCGUGCUGCUGUUCGUGAAAUUGCUAGUUGUUUUCCCACUGCCAUUGUUAGUGGAAGGCGCAGGAAUAAGGUGUAUGAAUUUGUGAAGUUAAGGAAUGUCUAUUAUGCUGGAAGUCAUGGUAUGGAUAUAUCAACCCCUUUAGGCUCUGCAAAAUAUGAUGAUCAGAAGCAUCACACAAAGGCUAUUGGAGAAAAGGGAGAUCAAGUUGUUCUUUUUCAUCCAGCAAAAGAAUUUCUGCCAACAAUCCAAGAGAUAAUUCAGCUUUUGAAAGAAAAUACUACAAGAAUCAAAGGCUCUAUGGUUGAGGAUAACAUGUUCUGUAUAUCUGUACAUUACCGGCGUGUGAAAAAUGAAGAGGAUGUUGGAGUUCUCAGAGAAAUUGUGGAGUCUGUAAUGAAAGAUUACCCCAAUUUUCACAUAUCUAGAGGAAGAAAGGUUAUGGAGAUACGCCCAAAUGUAAACUGGGAUAAAGGCCAUGCAUUGAUGUAUUUGCUUGACACUCUUGGAUUUGAGAGCUUUAAUGAUGUUCUACCAAUUUACCUUGGAGAUGACAAAACAGAUGAAGAUGCUUUUAAGGUUAUAAGACACAUUGGAAGAGGAUUUCCCAUCAUUGUUUCUUCAAUUGCCAAGGAGACCAAGGCUUCAUAUUCUCUGCGUGACCCUGCUGAUGUGAUGACAUUCUUGAUACGUUUAGCAAAAUGGAAGAACAUGUUACAGAAAACUAAAUAGACUUCAGUGAAGGAAAAGUAAAGAGUGAAUUGUAGGCUAAUUUGUUCCUUUUUAAAUUUAACAAAUUAGCCUUGAGUUUGUAUGGCGAGACAAGGACUUGAGGAUGAUAAAAAUAGGAAAUGAUUCUGUAGAUGUACUUCAGCUCUUCAGAUUUUUAUGGAGUAUCAUAGUUCUAAUUUUACAAAGUUACUUUUACUUUAAUACAUUAGAUUAUAGUACAUUCACUUAAUAGGUAAUCAGGCAAAGCGUCAAUCACUCAAACGAGUGUAAAACUUCUUGAAGGGGAACCAUGAAAACUGAUCUGCAGUGGUUCUGGGCGUCUCUUUGAUAUGGUGACCUUCACGUCGUGGUGUAAAACUCAUGCCGGUGGUACCUGGUAGUGUUUGCCUCGCUCCUUUAAGUAGGCAAAGGUCAAAGAGAUCGAGGGGCUCGUUUAAUA